CGUGCACGCGCAGAGUGUGAGUGGGUGGGAGAGGGUUUCAGGCGCGCGGCCGCUCUCGAGUGCACAGAUUGACAUCUCGCUCGCGCUCCCUCCUGCUGUGUGUGUGUGUAUUUGUGUAUAUGUGUGUAUUUGUGUGUGUGAGUGUGUAGCCGUGGACCUCCGGGAACUACAGCGGGUCUGGAUGGUUCAGAGCCGGGACGCGAAGCUCAAACCGGGGAUGAGAGAAUUAUAAAAUAAAUAAAUAAACAGAGUCAGACUGAGGAGGAAAACAAACAGCAGCCGUCACGCAGCGCGGGAACAAACACGGACACGACUUCACGUGAACUCCCUGACUACCUGAGGCUGAGCUCGAGCUGCACGCGCUCAGUGGCGCUCAGGUGAGAGGCUGAGAGAGUGAGAGAAGACAGACAGACAGAGAGGCCAUGGAGCAGCAGAGGCAGAGAUCUCUCUCCACAUCCGGAGACUCGCUGUACGUCGUGCUGGGAGUCGACAAGACCGCCACGCCAGAGGACAUCAAGAAAUGUUACAGGAAACUGGCGUUGAAGUUUCACCCAGACAAGAACCCGGACAAUCCAGAGGCGGCGGACAAGUUCAAGGAAAUCAACAACGCCCACUCCAUCCUGAGCGACGCCACCAAGAAGAACAUCUAUGACAAAUACGGCUCGCUGGGCCUGUACGUGGCCGAGCAGUUCGGAGAGGAGAACGUCAACACCUACUUUGUUCUGUCGAGCUGGUGGGCGAAGGCCCUGUUCGUCUUCUGCUGCCUGUCCACAGGCUGUUAUUUCUGCUGUUGCCUGUGCUGCUGCUGUAACUGUUGCUGCGGUAAAUGUAAACCUCGGCCGCCCAUGGACCAGGAGCCCGAGUUCUACGUGUCCCCCGAGGACCUGGAGGCCCAGAUGACCGCUGAGGAGAGAGAUGGCGGUGACCCGAUCGUGAUGCAGCCGUCCUCCGCCACAGAAACCACCCAGCUCACCUCUGAUGCCCACCAAAGCUACAGGACCGAAGCAUACUAAACACACACACACACACACACACACACACACACACACACAAACAGUUCCACCACAAACAGGACUGAAUCACAUACUGCACACACACACACACACACACCUUUCAUGUCAGUUCAUCUGUUAUUUUCCCGUCAUCUUCAGCAUUAAUGAAUAGAUCACACACACACACACACACACACACACACACACACACACACACUACAUUCAGCAUGAACUCGACGGCUCAGACCAAACCUUGUGAGGAGAGAAGGAGGAGGACGAGUGAAGGAGACGAAACAGACGCAAUGUUUUAAAUCAAAGUAAUUAGACGCAACAAGACGAGACAUGAGCGAUCAUGUGACAUCACGGGGCGAUCAUGUGACAUCACGGGGCGAUCAUGUGACAUCACGGGGCGAUCAUGUGACAUCACGGGGCGAUCAUGUGACAUCACGGGGCGAUCAUGUGACAUCACGGGGCGAUCAUGUGACAUCACGGGGCGAUCAUGUGACAUCACGGGGCGAUCAUGUGACAUCACGGGGCGAUCAUGUGACAUCACGGGGCGAUCAUGUGACAUCACGGGGCGAUCAUGUGACAUCACGGGGCGAUCAUGUGACAUCACGGGGCGAUCAGGGCGUUUUUCUGACCCAAAACAUCAAAAACAUUCUGUGGGAUGAUCUAAAAAGGACGAGCCAGAGACACUUUCAUCAAUAACAAAAUGAGAAGAGGUCUGCACCUAAAACUGAGACCAGACAGUAUACAGUCAGCUUAGUUUUACAGAUGAACUCUUUGUGCUUCGUCACACUUUAUUAGAGGACGUCUGUCUUCCAGCUCGUGGUCUUUGUGGUCAAACCUCGACCUGUCCUGUCUGUAGUUUUCUGCGCCUCACAGGUGUUAACUCCAAAACUACAGACUGUAGAACAACUUUGAUUUGUCUGACUCCGUGAGGACGAGUUAAGACAUUUUUAGGUGACCAUUAAAAACUAAAUGUUGGGGAGAUGAUUCUACUUUUCAUCCGCAGUCUGUGAGAUGUAAAUUUCCUCAUGUCUCCCCACGAGCUGUCUGCAUGCAGCCUAAAGUUUAUCAGAACGAAGCUCUUCAACUCAGACAUCUAUAAAGUCUAAUGUGUUUAAGCUGAGGAACGAGCUUGGUAAAAUCAUCAGCUCACAAUAUUUUCAUACCGACAGUUGAGACACAAACGGUCUCCUUUUAGCUCGCUGGGAAACACUUGUCGAAGCUCCUCUGUCAGCCUGGCGCUCGCUGGAAGGAGGUCAGACAUCCAGCCUAUAUGUUCAGUCAGCAGUUAAAGGCGGAGGCGGGGGGGCGGGUGUUUAUUUGUCCUCAACACCCUCGUGAACAACACGAAGGGAACAGCUCUCCGUAUGCGGAGGGCAGCUCACACUUCAACAGGUGCCGCGCCGCCUCACUUAACGUUUUCUGACUUUUAUCCUGAAGUCACUUUCCAAGUUUCUCUGUGGCUGCAAUCCUGCAGAGAUCCGUGAACUCGUUCUUUAUGAUAAAUGUAGCAGGCAGCUGUCAGCACGUCAUACGAGGCUCCGCCUGAAACGGUUCAUCGACCAGACGGAAACGUUUUCACAACGUUGUGAGAUGCUGGAAAUCCUGCAGCUGCUGCUGGGACUGACUCCUAAUCAGCGUUGGCACCCGUGACCAUGACUGAACUCUGACCAUGUCGUCUAAAACGAGUCAUGUUGCUUCAGUCUCUCAGUUUUUCAUUAAUUAGUCACAUUAAACGCGACGUAUUGUAGAUUUCCUGUCGUCCUCCUCUCCUUCUUUUCUCCUCCACACAUGAAGAUUCACAUUGCAGUGUCCCUCAGCUCUCCAGUCCAGUGUUAUUAGUUAGAGGCAUGAACACACACACACACACACACUGAUUGAGCCCCUUGAUUAUUUUUUUUCUUUGUUUUUAGUUUUCAUUUUGUUUCGUGAGAACGUAAAGAUGCUGUACGUGUCGUGUAAACUUUAUGUUUUAGAUUUUGCGUCACUGUAUUUCUUUGAGUUGGUCAGAAAUCUUCAGUUCGUCUCCGUAGAGCUGCUUUUCAUCGUUUUUUCUUAUUUAUGUUUAAACGAAGGGACAGUACCCAAAUCCAAAGUCUUAUCUGUGCACGUGACGGCAGUUUUCUAGAGCAGUUUACAAUCACACCCGAUUAGAAAGGGUCUAAUUCUCCAGGAUAACACUUGUAGUUCGUCUUUAUUUGUCAACCAUGAGUAGCUCUGCUUUAGUAGAAACUACAGAAACACUGUGGUUGUUUGUGUCGACGAUUUGAUUUUUUGUACAAAAGGAAACAAAAAAAAAAACACCCGACUAAUUUAUUCACACUACUUUCUUUAAUUUCUCAAUCAAAAACACUUGUGUAUCCAUACAUAUCAAGAGAAAGUGCAAUGAGCUGAAUAAGUCUCCACUUUCAAUCGAUCAUUUUAAAUCUGCAGUCCUAAAUUAGCCCUAUCCUUAAGUCAUCACCGUCACGUACGAACACGAACACUCGAGGAUUCUAAAGAUGAUUUGAUGAUCUGUUUUAACCACCACUUCAUCAGUUUGUCUUCAUGUCAUGUGACCACUGAAACCACUGAGAUCCCGUCGUUCUUCCUCUCCACUUUUUAUUCACCUUUUGACCAAACAUGCAACAAACAGUGAGUGAGUGAGUGAAUGCGUGAGUCUAAACGCUUCCAAUGUUAGAUCUAAAACAAAGACAUAAAUAACAAGAACUGAUGUAAGUGUGAAUAUAGCGACCAGAUGAUGAUGAUGAUAAUAAUAUUGAAGCAUUAUUUUAUUUAUUUUAUUUUUCUUAUGUUUUUAAAUAAUUGAUUAACAGCUAGCCAGUAUGUUGAAGGGGAUGUAUAGAAUUUUAGAUGUGAACCGUCUUUUGACAGUGAAGUGUCAAAAGACGGCCGACCUGCUUGUACAUACACGCAGUGGCACAGUACAUAGAGACGUAGAAGGUUUUCUGUUUUUAGCAUGGACUGGUCAUGUUUGCGUCUGUCAGGCAGACGUGUGGGUAAAUGAAGUAUGUACUGUUGUAAAAUAAAUGUUUCUGUUGCUUCGGA